GCUACAUACGUUAUUUAGAACUGUCAGCACAUUUUUUUUUUUUUUUUUCCAAUCUACUACUACAAAAUGAGACUUUUUGACUACACUGAGAGCUCCCAAAGAGUCAUCUUUGGAGAGGGCAGCCUAUCCAAGCUUCCCGAUGAACUUGCCAAGCUCAACUGUACCAACCCACUCAUAUUGACAACGCCUACAAAGACAUCUUAUGUUGACGAUAUUGCGAAAAUUUUAAAUGGACAGAUUGCUGGCUCGUUUACUCAAGUCACAAUGCAUACGCCGAAGGAAGUAACCGAAGAAGCAUUAAAGCAAGCCGGAUCCGUGAAUGCCGACUGUGUUGUAUCAAUUGGUGGUGGGAGUGCCGUGGGUUUAGGCAAAGCAUUAUUUGUUCGGACAGGGUUGCCUCACAUCUGCAUCCCGACUACGUAUGCUGGUAGCGAGAUGACGCCCAUAGUUGGCCAAACGGAGAACCGAGUAAAAGUUACUCAUAUUGAUCGGAAAGCCAUUCCAGCAGUUGUUAUUUACGACGUGAAGUUAACGUUGUCACUACCUACUAAUAUAAGCGCUACAAGUGGCCUUAAUGCUAUGGCUCAUGCGGUCGAGGCUCUAUAUGCUCAAGAUGCCAAUCCUAUCACGAGCAUGUUUGCAAUCAAAGGCAUCCAAACUCUGGCUAGGUCGCUACCUAAAGUCAUGCAAAAUCCAAAAGACAUCGAGGCUCGCUCAGAUGCUCUACUGGGCGCUUGGUUCUGCGGGAAAUGUCUCGCUGGGGCAUCCGUAGCCCUGCAUCAUAAACUGUGCCAUGUCCUUGGGGGCACCUUCAAUCUGCCACACGCGGAAACGCAUGCAAUUAUUUUGCCUCAUGCGCUGGCAUAUAUCGCUCCAAGCAUCCCCGAAAUCAUGAAGGAGUUGUCAAAUAUUAUUCCGGAAAGUAAUGGAGAUGCAGUCGGUGGCCUGAACAAACUAUUAUCUAAAUUGCAAAUUACUUAUAGUUUAAAGGACCUUGGUCUGAAAGAAGAGGACAUUGAGGUGGCAGUAGAUAAUCUGCUAAAGAAGCCAUUUUGGAAUCCUAGACCUGUGGAAAGGGAUCCGAUCCGCGAGCUGCUGAAAAGAGCAUGGGAGGGAAGACCGGCUCAGAUAGAAGUAUAGAAUAGCUUCUAUUUAAUUGAAUAGGUUUGAUAUCAUAGCAAGUGUAACUAAUAAAAGCACUCAUCACUCAUUAAAUGGAAAUACAAUGCUCAGACACCACCAUCAACAUUCCACAAAGACUUGGUCACGCCCCGCUUCAGACUCUAAGCUUUUACUACUCUAGUAAAUCUUGUUGAUGGUGCUUUAUUUGGCUCAAAGUCUGGAAGAUUAAGAUCUGGAAACACUUUUUGUACCUUUUUUGCAAGAUACUGUGCCCAAGUGCCCUCAACCUUCCGGAAGCUCGUAUUUGCCCACCGCUUG